AUGAGUUUAAGGCUACCCUCCUGCCCAAAGCCUGAGGAGCCUUGCACCUCAAAGGCGGCGGCAGCAAGGAGACCUCCCCCUAAGCCAUCUGCUGGAACACUCAGCGUACCGAAGGCAAGUGAAGGGAGUGCGAAGCAGCCACCCUCCAUCUCCACAGCCCCUCUCACUGGCACACACACCUCCCAUGCGGAGGCCGCCAAGAGGGUCAGAGUGGCGGUGUUACCUGAGGAUUUCCCACAGGUGCACUUGAGCCACGAAGAACUGUCCGAGUUGGAGGAGGCCAUCAUGGACGACGUAAUCACGUCGGCAUGGGACACGGCAGUCGCGUUUAGGGGCAUCCACUUCAGGGUAGGAUACCUCCUCAUCGACUGCCUGGACCAGGACUCAGCGGACUGGCUGAGGGCCGUUUUGCCCUUGCUCAGAACGUGGAAGGGCGUGCCCCUAGAAACCAAGGUGGGAGAAGAUAUCCCCGCGGCAUAUAAUGUCUUCUGCCCCAGAAGCUCGGAAAGAGAAAAUGAGGAACUCCUCACGAUGCUUGGGCGACAGAACAGCCUGGAGACGGAUGCCUGGGGAGUGGUCUCCCGGAGGAACGAUGGAGGCGGAGCACUCCUUGUCAUCGGGAUCGACCAGCUCACCCGAGACGAGAUCGUAGCUAGAGGGCAUCAGCUCAACUUUAGGUACGGUACCGUCUCGGUGAGUGGGCUGAGAAAGGCGGCAAAGAUGGCCGCAAUAGAAGGAGCGCCCUCUGGUCCCCCAGAUGGCAAAGUGGAGGUCGAGGAAUCCCUCGACGAGCCACAGGAGCCUAUGGGUACAGAUGAGGACCCUGGCGCCGUUACAGACGUGAGGAAUGAGGAUGAGAAGCAUCCUACGCCCUCCGACAAUAACGACGAAACGGAGGCCGACGUCACUCUGACGGAUGGCAGUGGAGGGGAACACCCGCCCCCUUCACCAAAUAUUGAGCAUCCGCUCCAAUGA